AUGGCGGGUGACAUACCAGAGCCUCCCGAGGCCAAGGGACAUCACCGUGCUGCCUUGCCUACCAUCCCCUACCCUGCCAGGGUGCAGCACGUCAUCCGGCGGGUACUGCAGGCGGCGUCUUCCGUGGAAGGGGCCGAGGUCCGUGCUUUCGGCUCCUCUGUGAACGGCUUCGGUGACAGCGCCUCUGAUGUGGAUGUGGUGCUCUCUGCGAACAAGGCUUGUUUUGCAGAGGGCUUGGGCCUUGGGAGGGUCAGCAAGAAGGACCUGGAGCCGAGGGUCCUCGGGAAGCUACGUCAGGAGCUACGAAAGCGAGGCUUUAGCAUCAUCCUCUUUAUCCCGCAAGCCAAAGUGCCCAUCAUCAAGUUGAGCUUGCAGCAUGCCGGAGACUGCAUUGACUGUGACCUUUCUGUCAACAACUUGCUGCCAGUCUUCAACACCAAGCUCUUGAAAUCCUACGCAGACCUGGACCUGCGUCUCGUGGAGCUGGUGCAAACCUGCAAG